ACCCUUUACCCACUAAUUCCCACUACUAUUACUCCAUGUUUCCUCAUUGCAUUACCCUCUUUUUGUUGUUAUAUAAAACAAACCUCGUUAAACAUUACCACAUGUCACACACACCUCAACCAUGAUUCUUCCUCACCUUCUUUUCUUUCCACCAAGCCUUUCUUUUAUUUUUAUUAUUAUCAUCACCCUUUUGUCAUUCUCAGAAUCUUUAAUUGGUUAAUGUCCUAUAUGCUUCUUCUUGCUGUCACUAUAUGCUUAUAUAUAUACACUGCUUUGCUUUUAGUAACCAAAGGUUGAGACUUUAACAAUGUCUUCUUCUGGUUAUGCCACAAGCAGUGCUUUGUUUUUUCUGUUUCUGGCUGUGCUUGUUGCGAAAGUUAGCUUUUGCUUCUCUACCAAGGUUUAUGUAGUGUACAUGGGAAGCAAAAGUGGGGAACACCCAGAUGACGUUCUUAGGGAAAAUCAUCAAAUGCUUGCUGCUGUUCAUAGUGGAAGCAUCGAACAAGCCCAAGCCUCUCAUGUUUAUAGCUACAAACAUGCUUUCAGAGGCUUUGCAGCUAAGCUCAGUGAUGAACAGGCUUCCCAAAUUUCAAAAAUGCCAGGAGUGGUUUCUGUUUUUCCCAAUUCUAAAAGAAAGCUGCACACAACUCAUUCAUGGGAUUUCAUGGGACUUCUGGAUGACCAAACCAUGGAGACUCUUGGUUACUCCAUCAGAAACCAAGAAAAUAUCAUCAUUGGUUUCAUAGAUACAGGAAUUUGGCCUGAGUCCCCUAGCUUCAGCGACACCGACAUGCCUGCAGUGCCACCAGGCUGGAAGGGCAAAUGCCAAUCAGGGGAAGCAUUUAAUGCCUCAUCUUGCAACAGGAAAGUGAUAGGAGCCAGAUACUACAGGAUUGGAUAUGAAGCUGAGGAAGAGUCAGAUGCGAAAAUGUGGUUCAGAUCUGCAAGGGAUAGCACUGGUCAUGGGAGCCAUACAGCGUCCAUAGCAGCAGGGAGGUAUGUGGCAAACAUGAACUACAAGGGACUGGGAGGUGGAGGAGCAAGAGGAGGUGCACCAAUGGCGAGAAUUGCUGUGUACAAGACAUGUUGGGAUUCUGGUUGUUAUGAUGUGGACUUGCUAGCUGCCUUUGAUGAUGCCAUAAGAGAUGGGGUUCACAUUUUGUCUCUUUCACUGGGUGCUGAAUCACCUCAAGGAGACUAUUUCAGUGAUGCCAUUUCUGUGGGGUCAUUCCAUGCGGCUAGUCGUGGGGUGCUGGUUGUUGCAUCAGCUGGAAAUGAAGGGACUGCUGCUUCUGCCACAAACCUUGCUCCAUGGAUUCUCACUGUUGCUGCCAGCUCAACUGAUAGGGAUUUCACUUCUGAUAUCAUAUUGGGAAAUGGUGCCAAAAUCAUGGGUGAAAGUCUCAGUCUCUUUGAAAUGAAUGCCUCCACAAGAAUAAUUUCUGCUUCUGCAGCCAAUGGAGGAUACUUCACUUCUUAUCAAUCCAGUUACUGUUUGGAAAGUUCUCUGAAUAAAACAAAGAGCAAAGGCAAGGUUCUGGUGUGUAGACAUGCAGAUAGUUCAACCGAGUCAAAGGUGCAAAAGAGCAAGAUAGUGAAAGAUGCUGGUGGAGUUGGCAUGAUACUUAUUGAUGAUAGAGAUCAAGAUGUUGCCAUCCCAUUUGUGAUCCCUUCAGCUAUUGUUGGAAAGAAAACAGGAGGACAGAUUCUAUCCUACCUCAAAACUACACGUAAGCCUGUGUCAAGGAUAUUUGGUGCAAAGACUGUUCUAGGAGCUCGUCCUGCCCCAAGUGUAGCAGCUUUUUCCUCUAAAGGUCCCAAUGCUUUAAACCCUGAAAUUCUGAAGCCUGAUGUGACAGCUCCAGGUCUAAAUAUCCUUGCAGCUUGGUCUCCAGCAGCUGGAAACAUGUUCAACAUUCUCUCCGGAACUUCCAUGGCAUGUCCUCAUGUAACAGGAAUCGCAACCUUAGUCAAAGCUGUCCAUCCUUCAUGGUCUCCAUCUGCUAUCAAAUCUGCCAUCAUGACAACUGCUACAAUAUUGGAUAAGCACCACAGACCCAUCACUGCAGAUCCAGAGCAAAGAAGGGCUAAUGCAUUUGACUACGGAUCAGGGUUUGUAAACCCUUCUAGAGUUCUUGAUCCUGGUCUCAUCUACGACUCAGAGCCUGGAGAUUAUGUUGCAUUCCUGUGUUCAAUUGGUUAUGAUCAGAGGUCACUCCAUCAAGUUACAAGAGACAACAGCACCUGUGAUAGGGCAUUCAACACAGCAUCUGACCUCAACUACCCAUCUAUUUCAGUUCCCAAUCUUAAAGAUAACUUUUCUGUUACUAGAAUUGUGACUAAUGUUGGGAAAGCAACAAGUGUUUAUAAAGCUGUAGUGUCUUCUCCACCUGGUGUUAGAGUCAGUGUUAUACCUAACCGGUUAAUUUUUACAAGAAUUGGGCAGAAAAUGAAUUUCACUGUGAAGUUCAAAAUAACUGCUCCCUCAAAAGGAUAUAAAUUUGGGUUCUUGUCAUGGAGAAAUGGGAGGUCACAAGUCACUAGUCCUUUGGUUGUCCAGGUUGCACCUGGAAUAAAAUAGGUUUCUGAGAUAGCAAUGCUUGUAUAUACCAAUAUUUAGCUUAAGAGCUUCUUUCAGAAUUGUAGUGACCAGAACAAUGAUUCCUAUUGAAAUCAUGAUGCAACAGAUGAUAGCUGCCAAAAUUAGCUCAUUGUGUGCUUGGAGCAGCAACAGUUACCAAAGUAUCCAAAGAGAUGUAUUUAAAUUACCAUGAAAUUCUUUAUUGAUCAGUUGUUGCAA